AUGGGUUUGGCACUUAAGUUGCGUUUGUCAAGAAAUACUUCAAACCCCAGUGAGAACGCAGACCUGUCAGCACGUAUAAAACUGCAUUACAUGAAGCUCCAUUACAAAUCCUGUAGAAAGUACCAGGAGGAAUAUGGGUUAUUGCCGAAAAAUCCCACUAUACAGACUGAACAAAAUUCAUCCAAAUGUCAAGAGCCAAAAUACAAGUGCCCUCUGUGCUCUGAACAGAAUUUAAAUCAGAGGAGCCUGCUGGAGCACUGUAACAAUGUGCAUUACUAUGAAGAGGUGGAAACGGUUUGCCCUAUCUGUGCCACUUUACCCUGGGGGGAUCCUAUUCAAACUACUGGGAAUGUAAUUGCCCAUUUAAAUGCAAGACAUCAGUUCAACUAUCAAGAGUUUAUGAAUAUCCACCAAGAUGAAGAGGCGCAGUUUCAAAUAGCCAUUGAGAAUUCUCACAAAAUGUUAAGGUGAUUCGGGCAGAAAGAAGGCAUCUUGUUCCUUUUUUUUUUUUUUUU